AUGAGGUUCAAAAAGAUGCCUAUCAAUCAGUGGUUUGACAACUACUCAAUUGAGGACCCUGGAGAGAGAACAGACUUACAAGUCGAAGGUCUUUGUGAGACUGCGGAAUUUAUACGUGGCUUAAUUAGCGAAGAGGUUCGCAUCUUGGGCGCGGGCAGCCAUCAAAAGAUCAUCCUAUGGGGGCUAAGUCAAGGCUGUGCUGCGGCUGUCUUCACUCUGCUAAGUGGCUGGCUCGAUGCUAGCGAGACAAGCACGAUCGGAGCAUUUGUCGGGAUGAGUGGAUGGCUGAUCUUUGAGCAGCAGUUGCGCGAGAUUCUCCGAUGCGGUGGAAUUCCUGUGUCGACUAGAGACGACCAGGAAGCUCAAUCCGAUAGUACCUCAGGCUCAGACCCCUACAAUGGAGAGACGGCUAAGCAAAUUCCAACAGCGAUGAAGAGUCAGACGCAGGUGCAGACGUCUUCUCGGAACUUGAUUUGGAUGAUGAUCCAUUCAAAGAAGCAGCCCUUCGUAUGGCGACUUUGA